CGCGGCCAGCUCAGCUGACAACAGCAGCCAGACGACGAUGGCAGACUGUGGAAGUAACGAAGAAGUGGCUGUGAUCUUUAACACCGACAUCACUUCAACAGAAUCCGAGAACAACCUCAUAAACACGAUGGUGGAAAUAGGGGCAACUUUGUUGAGAAAAAUGGAGAUAAAUGUGACUGAGGCCGAGAAGAGAACAGGGAAGAACACGGUUAACAUGCAGGAAACCUAUACAGUCUACCUCAUAGAAACACGGUCAGCUGAAACAGUUCCAGAGGGCGGUACUCCCACCACGCCUGACACUUUGUGGAGACGCUACAGUGAGUUUGAGUUGCUCAGAACAUACCUCCUGGUCACCUACCCCUACAUCAUCAUCCCUCCACUACCAGAGAAGAGGGCAGAGUUUGUGUGGCACAAAAUGUCAGCUGACAACCUCGACCCAGACUUUGUUGAGCGACGGAGAGUCGGCCUGGAAAACUUCCUGCUUCGUGUUGCAUCACAUCCUGUCCUUUCCAAUGACAAAAUCUUCUUCCUCUUUCUGACGGAGGAGAAAGAAUGGAGGGAGGUGGUUUUGGAGACAGGUUUCCAAGACAAGGUUGACUCCAGACUAAAGUCUCUGAGUGCCAUGUUCAGAGUCAAGAACCCUGACAAACGAUUCACAGCACUGAAGCACUACAGUGAUGAACUGAACUCUGUCAUCUCUCAGUUACUGAGGGUGCGGGCGAAAGUAGCUGACAGACUGUAUGGAGUUUACAAGGUCCAUGGUAACUAUGGCAGAGUCUUCAGUGAGUGGAGUGCGAUUGAAAAAGAGAUGGGGGAUGGACUGCAGAGUGCGGGCCACCACAUGGACACGUUUGCUGCAUCAAUAGAUGACAUUCUGGAGGAAGAAGAGCACUAUGCAGACCAACUGAAGGAAUACCUUUUCUACGCUGAAGCCGUCAGGUCGGUGUGCAGGAAACAUGAGCUGAUCCAGUAUGAAUUGGAGAUGGUCGCUCAGGACCUCGUCAGUAAGAAACAACAGAAAGAAGAGCUGGCUACUGGGACAGUGCGUGUCUUUUCUCUGAAGGGGAUGACCAGUAAACUGUUCGGCCAAGAGAGCCAGGAGCAGAGGGAGAGCAGGCUGGCAGCCCUGGAGCAGAGCACCCGUGAGGGAGAGGAAACGCUCAAGGAAAGGAACACCGAGUGCCAAGAGUUUGUGCGAACAGCCUGGGAAGACAUUGGACGUUUUAAGGAACAGAAGGACAGAGAUUUGCGUGAAGCACUAAUUAGCUAUGCCAUCAUGCAGAUCAGCAUGUGUAAGAAGGGAAUCCAGGUGUGGUCCAACGCCAAGGAGUGUUUCAACAAAAUGUGAGCCCCUUUCCAGCAGAUCACAAUAGCAAUCAGAUUGUUCCGAGUGGGACCAUCAGCCAAUCGUUAAACUGAAGUCUUUGACCAUGGGAGCCAAAAAUACUGUCCUCACUUUGUGUGCCACGCUGAAUGAUUCUGCUUCUAUUUCUCUUACACACACACACACACACACACAUUUAUUUAGAAAAGGCGUCAGAGUUAUUUAGUGGAUUCAUGCCUUUUUUAAAUCCAAGUGUCUUUACAUGGCAUUUAGCUGACGGAAUUGUCCUGCUGCAAAUGACACAAAUGUUCAAUACUUUUUCCUCCUCUGUUGCACAGCUCACAGUGUGUCAUAGAGGAAAGUCCUGCACUAAUAAUGCACGAUCGUUGCACAUUGGGACAUGGCUUUGCCGUGUAUUUCAGUUAUGCUUUACUUCCCAAAUGUAGCAGAACUGUUCAAUGAAAUAAAAGGACAGGCGUUAGGGAACUGUUGCCAGGAAUUAUUUCCAGAAGAAUGCUUCUACCACUAAGUCUUCUCAGCCUCAAGUAAGAGGUGUAACCUUUUGAAAGUCCAGUAAAUAGAAAUGUCAGGUGGAGAUUUAUCAGAAACAAGAAAUCAUAUUGUAAAGCAAGGGAACAUGGACCACUUCCUUUUCUUCUUUUUCCUGAAAUAUGUUUUGUACACUUCAUGUGUCUUUAUGCUGUUAUUAAUCGAUAGUCGACCAAAGUGCUUAUGACCAAGUACUAGUCUGUAUAGUGCAGAUCACAGGUGGGGGAGCACAGGAGAGGGGUCGACAAGCUUAGUGUAGUUUUGGUAGUUGAUGAGAGUUUUUUUGUGCCAAAAGCGAAGAGCCAUGAGUAAGAGCAAAGUCACGAAGACCUCACGGCGUUUCGGUUACAGUAGAGUCUUUUUAUUUUUAUUAAUUUCCUUAAUGGAGACUUUCUUCUUUUUCAAGGACCUAAACAUGGCACCACCACAAACUGUGCAGCCAUGAAUGUUGUUAAAAGCAACACACUUAAAGCUCAGUCGUUGAGCAGCUUCUUUGCUUUCAAGCUCUAUAGCCUUAAUAUGAACAUUGGCCUCGUAAAACAAAGUAGUUUGACCCUUACUGCCUCACAUCUUUGUCUGAUAUUGAGUUAUUGCACUAAAUAGUAGACCUGAGUUCCAAGCAUGCCUCGGGUCAAUGUUUAUGAAAAAAUACAGACCAAAUAGUGGUAGUCUUUAACUACUACAGAUACGUUGGAUCCUCAAAAUCUAGCUCAAUAAAUAUGAUACACAAUACAUGUUAUACUUUUGCUUCCUUAAUAUGAUAUCUCGCUGAAGAGGGAAGAUUGGUGCUUUCCAUCGGCUAACGCUGCCUUUUCAGAAUGAACAAUCAGUUUCCUGAAAUAAUCCCAAAUUAAAGCUCUAUGUAUGUUUUUUUUAUAAUAAACGUUUUCAAUGAGA